CCGUGUUUACCCCCGUUCCCAGAGGAACAGUUCGGCGUAUGGACGGCGGUGUUUGGGACCACAGCCUUAUCACAUCGAGAGAGAGAUGCUCUAUGCUACCAGCUGCAAGUGUACCUGGGUCAUGCCCUGGACACAUGCGGCUGGAAGAUUCUGUCACAGGUGUUGUUCUCUGAAGGGGAUGACACAGAAGAAUACUAUGAGAGCCUAAGUGAACUAAAACAGAAAGGCUAUGAGGAUGCUCUGGAGAGGGCUAAAAGACACAUGCAUGAGGUGUUGGAGAAGCACAAAGCAAUAGACAGUAUGGUGGAGCUGUUACAAGUCUACCCCGAGGAGGACGAAGCCUACAGUGAUCUACUGGAGGCCACCACUCAGCUGUACCACUACCUGCUCCAGCCAUUCAGGGACAUGAGGGAACUGGCCAUGCUGCGCAGACAACAGAUAAAGAUAUCACUAGAAACAGAGCGUCUGGGCCCCCGGCGGGUGGAGAGCCUCAGGAGGGAGGAUGAGGAGUGGCAAAAGAAGGCUCAUGCUGCUGUGAUGUCUAUUCAAAACUUGACUGUCAAGUUUUUUGAAACCACCACCCGUGCACUGAAAGCCUUAUAUGAACGGAUGAAAGGUGAUCAGAAGAAAUUUGGCAAGUCUACGUGGGCAGCAGCGGUUGAUCGCAUGGAGCGUUUGCAGUACGCUGUGUCUAAAGAAACCCUGCAGCUGAUGAGGGCCAAGGAGAUAUGUCUCGAACAAAGGAAACAUAGCUUGAAAGAAGAGAUGCAGAGUCUGCACGGUGGAGAAGAGGCCAUGUUGCGUGUUGAUGAGCUGGAGGCACUGUACUAUGAGUUGCAGCUGCAGCUCUAUGAUAUCCAGUCUGAGGUGCUGCGCUGUGAGGAGCUGCUGCUCACGGCCCAACUGCAGAGUCUGCGCAGGCAGAUGACUGCGCGACAAGAUGAAGUGGUCUAUUAUGAUGCUUUUGAAAGUCCUGAUGCCAUGAAGGGUGUUGAAGAACCUAUAACCCCCCACUCCCCCCUUGGAGAUGAAGAACUGUGCGUCUUACAACAGAAGACAAGGCAGCUAGAAGCACGCAGAGGCCGUAUCACUGCAAAAAGGGUCUACCUGAAAAAUAAGAAGGAAAUUUGUAUAGCCAAUCACAAACUGAAGUCACAACAAAAACAAGGAAGCCCUGGUGAGAGCAAAACCCAGCAGGCAGCACUUCAGGAUGAUGCUGAUGAUGAAGCUCAAAGAAGUGCUCGGGUGAGUCUGGAGAGACAGCACACACUGGACAGACUUCGCAGCCUUAGACAACGCUAUCCAGGUCAGGUGACGCUUAAGUCCAGUCGCUUCCGUCAGACUCAGAUGAAGAGGAGAGGUCAGGAGCCUGUUAUGCAGGUGGCCAGUGUUCAGACUGAUGGCUCCUCUGAUCUCCCAUCAGACACUCCUGCUUCUCUUGUAGCAGACAUCUGUGACAUUACAUCUUUGCCCACUGCCCCUGCACUUGAAGAUACUGUCUUGUCUCCUCCAUUCUUUUCUGUGCCUCCUCCUCUUCCAGCCUCAUCCUCCAUCUCUUUGAGUCUCCCCCCACCUCCCCCACCACCACCCCUCCCUCCUCCCUUUCCCACAGAGGAGCAGCCGCAGGAUGUCUCCAAGGAAAAGGUCCAGGACAGCACAGUGCAGAAGCGUACUGACUCUGAAUGCCCCUCACUCUCUCUAGCUCCUUUCUCUCCUCGCUUCUUUGACAGCAGCCAGCUGUUGACAGCUAGGAAAAAACUGAGGAAGACUUCAUCACUGGACUCAUCACAGUGGAGAAGAGCGAGCUCACCCAUGGAUGAAGUACUGGCCUCUUUGAAGAGGGGCAGUUUUCAUUUGAGAAAGGCUGAGCUCCGUGUUUUGGCCCCUGACCCAGAUGAUGACAGCAACAACAUUCUGGCCCAGAUCAGGCAAGGUGUGCGACUGAGAAAGGUGAGAGCGCGCCCUGAGCAGCAACGCCAUGGAAAGACUUUCUCUCAUUCAACUGACGCACUCACACGCAGCAUUCAUGAAGCACUGAGGAGAAUUAAGGAGGCUUCACCAGAGUCCGAGUCUGAAGAUGAAGGCCUUCCUUGCACUGACUGGGAAAACUAGUUUACUAGAUCAACUUGAUAUCUUUGUAUUGGCAGAUUGCCACAGAGAACAAAGUAAAUGCAGAGUGAUCAGAAGAUGGGUACAUAGGCAACAAAGCAGUUUUCUAUAAGACAACAGGAUAUUGCAUUUUGCUACUGCUGUAAAUCUGCAAAAAAUGACUUUUUAUACAACCCAGUUUGAGAAGUUGUUGGAAAUCUUGACAAGGAUACAACUGAUAACCUCUCAUUAUAUCAGUCUACAUGGCAUCUGUGCUUUUGCUCGCUGUAAUGGGUUUGUUUUUUGCAACAAGUGUUUGUGCUCUUCCAAUAGCAAAGAUUUACAUGUUUUGCUGUCAACUUUUGUAAUAUUCAUAUGUACUGUAAUGUAAACGUACUGUACUUUUAAGAUAGGCUAAAUGCCCAAUUUUCAUUCAGAACAAUUGCUUUAGUGUAGAAACUAUUAAUUACAUAACACAAGUAUGCCUACUUAAAAACAUUUGUCACUAUUUUAUUGCCUGUGUGUGUUAAUGUGCCACGUUUGUGUGUGUUGAUAAAUGUAAAGUGUGCUUUUGGGCACCCACAGCAGAAUAACGCAUCCUACUACUCUGAUACUGUGCUGCUCUCGAGACCAAGUCAGUAUUUGAAAAAAAAAUUAAAUUUUACAUCUGACCACGCAGUAAUGAUUACAUAGUUAUCUGCAGUAGUGGUGGGAGUACUGGGAGCUCACCUCUGGUGUCUGAUUAUGGUCUGAAAAGCAUGUGGGAUGGUUGGAAUACAGAUUUUAAACAGACGCCCUCUGCUGGAAACACAAUGUAGCCUUUAGAUUUCUGAUUUUAGUUUAACUGCCUUUUGUUUAUUUUUACUGAAGUUAUGAGUUUGCUGUGUGUGUUUUCUCUAUGUACAUUCUGUUUACUUUUGGCUGAAUGUGUCUUUUACAUGUGUAAAAGAUGCAGGACACAGUAGUAGUUUAUAACAGAUUCUGUAUCCAUGUCCAUUUUACAACCUUGUUGAGUAUUCUUUCCAUGGGUAAUGAUAAUGAUGAUCCAUAAGUUUCCAUUUUAGUUUGUAAUGUUUGACCUGUAACAUUAUGCAUGUAACUUGCUGACAAACCCAUUACAUCAGAAGUGCAAUAAUGAAGAAAUCUGAUUUUACUGUAAUGAAGUGUAAAUUACUAAAUAUAUAAGCAUGUUGAGAUGUUUAAGUAUUUAUUAAAAGCCUAAUAUUUCAAGAACAUUUUU